AUGGCUAACCGCAAGUCCUGGCGCCGCGCCGCCGGUCCCCCCUCGAACCGCGGUCCCUCCCGUCCGGCCAACAAGUCCGCCUCCCCCUUUGCGGGCAUUUCCUCCGCCACCCUUUCCUCUGUGCUUCACCUCCUGCUGGCCAAGGACGUCAACCUCACCACCGUCGACGGGGCCGUCCACAAGGGUCUCUUCGCGGCCACCGAGCACGCCCCCGACGGUCUACGCAUUGUCCUCAACUACGCCCGCUCCCGCCCGCCGAAGGAGGGCAAACCGCUGGGCACCUUCGUCGAGAAGAGAGGCGACGUGGCCAGGAAGUUCAGUGUCUGUGUCAAGCACGUUGUCUCUGUCACCGCCGCUAGCCCCAUGAACGUCAUUAAAAUGGCCCCCGUGCCGGCCUCCAGGAAAGCAGGGUUUGCAAUUGACGGUGACAUUACCAAGGGCAACACCGGCGCGGGUCGCCAGCUCGAGCCGUUCAAUGACUUUACGGAGUUAGUCGGCGGUGUAGGGGGCCGCCCCGCCACGCUGGAUGAGCACACUUUUGGCGACCUCGCCAACGGUCGUCCUGGAAAGAAAUGGGACCAAUUCCAGGUCAACGAGGAUAAGUUUGGCGUCACCACUUCGUUUGACGAGCACCAGUACACUACCAAGAUAGACACGCGCGAUGCAAGGUUUGCAGAGCGCGAAAAAGAGGCCGCCAAGCUCGCUUUGGAGAUUGAGGGCAAGCAGGCGGACAAUGUGCACCUGAGGAUCGAGAGGAACCAGGGAAUUGAUGCCGAUUUCGACGAGGAGACUUUGCACAGCGGCGUCGAUAGGGCGGCCAUGAAGGAACCCCCGAAGCCGGCCGGGAAGCCUGCGGCAAAGGGUAAGGCUACGCCCGUCGAACGCCCCAGGCUCUCGUAUGCCGCUGCCGCCGCGGGCUCGGUCAAGGCCCAGGUGCCCCAGACAGUGAACAAGCCUGCGCCGCCUGUCGGGAAACCGGCCCACAGAUCAUCGAGCACCUCCUCUCGCUCGACAGGACCCUCGGCCCCCGCUACCACUCCUUCUGCCGACACCAAGGAGCGCGACCCUGUCAUGGAGAAGAAACCCAAAUCUAAUUCAAUGCGCUCAAGCAGAGAUAACCUUCCCCAACUUGCAAAAGUACGAGCGCAAACAAUCACAGGAAGAAACUCUCCAAGUCAGUCUCGUAACUCCCCUCUUCCGACUCCGGCCGCCGCCGAAACUACGGCGGUGGCAGUUUUAAAUCUGGACGCUCAAACACCAAACCUCGGGCCCGAACACAUUAAGAGCUUUGAGAAAUACAAAACCAACCGCGAAAUUCGUUCCAUUGCUGAAAACCGGGAGAAGAUCACAGAUGAUUUUAAGAAGUUUCGAACGCAGUUCGAUUCAAGGAAUGGACAACUCCGGCGGUCAAGCAGCAACGCCAACAGUUCUGGCAACACCAAUAUCGGUACAACAGCUGAGAAGAAAGCAGUUGAACCCACUCCCAAAGCCGAUCCAAAAGCCUCCGGGGACAGAAGCACCCAAACGAAAGCAGAAGAGGUCAAGGCGCCGCAACCAACCUCCUCCAAAGCGACCGAGGCAACUCUGAAACCAAAAACAAAACUGAAGAGCAAGCUGGACCCCAACGCUGCAGAGUUCAAGCUGAACCCCGACGCCCAACCUUUCGAACCAGCCGUGCAGAAGCAGCAGGUCCCCGUGAAUCCAGUGCCGUAUCCCAUGUCACCUUAUCCGGGGGGCCAGGUGCCUCAAGAGUACGUGCAAAAUGUGCAGCCAGGACAUCAAGGCUAUCCGGUGCCUAUGCAAGCUAUGGGACAAAUACCUUAUGGACAAUCUUAUGGGAUGAUGGUACCCGCUGGGGCCGUUCCAGCAGGAAUCCCUGCAGGGAAUUCGGCAUAUCAAUUUAUGCAGGCGCCUCCAGGAGCCUUCGCCGGGCAGCAGGUGCCAAGUCGAUUCGCACCCAGCGGAGGAAUGCCAGUCUCGUAUGGAUACCCUCAGAUGAAUCCCAAUAUGCCAAUGGUUGUGGGUCAGGGUCCGCAGGGAAUACCAGCCGGGCCUUACCCGUAUUACGCACCAGGACCAUAUCCAGGCGGUCAAGUUCCCGGCGGACCGCAAAUGUCACAGCCCCCGCAGCAUAUGUAUAGUUCCAACCAACAUGGAGUAGCACAAAUGCAGGGUGGGCCAAUGUAUCAAGGAGGGCGCGGAGGGCAGGGACAUCGAAGGGGAGGUUUUGGUCGCAAGGGAGGCAAGCAUCACGGGCAGCAUUCUCAUAAUGCAGCUGCCAACGCAGCGGUAAACAGUUCAGAAAAAGUUAUGGGGCGACCGUUGGAGAACGGUAUGGCGAAUGAUGCGAGCCAACGGUAGGACGUGGCACGGUUUUGAAAAAUAGGCAGAGUCAAAAGAGAAACGGUAGGAGAGAGAGGUAAACGAAAAGCAGAACCGAAAA